CCGUGCCCUUCCGGUGCUGUGUCCCGGAAGCGGAAGUGUGGUCUCCAGCUUGUCAAAGUCGGUGUAUUACUUGGUGGUCGGAGAAUCUAGGAGAAUAGUUUCAGUUCUCUUUCUCUGUCUCCUAAGCGCUUUCCCCCUGGUAGGUGGGAGAGCAGCGACGGAGGUAGAAGAUGAGCACCAUGUUCGCAGACACUCUGCUCAUUGUUUUCAUCUCGGUGUGCACGGCGCUGCUUGCUGAGGGUAUAACAUGGGUCCUGGUUUACAGAACAGACAAGUACAAGAGACUGAAGGCGGAAGUGGAAAAACAGAGUAAAAAAUUGGAAAAGAAGAAGGAAACAAUAACAGAGUCAGCUGGUCGACAACAAAAAAAGAAAAUAGAGAGACAAGAGGAGAAGCUGAAAAAUAACAACAGAGAUCUGUCAAUGGUUCGAAUGAAAUCCAUGUUUGCGAUUGGCUUUUGUUUUACUGCCCUAAUGGGCAUGUUCAAUUCCAUAUUUGAUGGGAGAGUUGUGGCAAAGCUCCCUUUCACCCCACUUUCUUACAUCCAAGGACUGUCUCAUCGAAACCUGCUGGGAGAUGACACCACAGACUGUUCCUUCAUCUUCCUGUAUAUUCUCUGUACUAUGUCAAUUCGACAAUAGAUUAAUGAUGACUUCUUCUACAUGAAGACCUCAGCAGAAACCAAGCAAACUUACCUGGUAAGCAACUUAGGGAAAACUGGUAUACUCUUAUCAGUUUAUAUUUCUAUAAAAGCUAUGAAUAAACUGGUCAUGGUGGCUCAGGUCUGUAAUUCCAGCUAUUUGAGAGGCAGAGAUUAGAAGGAUUGCAGUUCAAAACCAGCCUGGGCCAAAAAAAAAAAAUUUAGAGAUUCCAUCUCAACCAAUGUUUGUGUGCGGUUUGGUGUGUGCCUGUUGUCUCAGCUAGUCUAGAAAAGCACAAAUAGGAUUGAGGUCUAGGUCAGCUCUGGCAUAAAGUAAGACCCUACCUCAAAAAUA